AUAAAUGAUUUUAAAUAAUUUUUUGAUAAAUACUUUUUUAAAUGAGUAGUUUUUUCCCCAAAAAAAAAAAAAAAAUGGUUCGAACCGAUCCAAAUCCAGGGGCAGGAACCCAAAAAUUUUCUGAACGAACGCUGAUAUUGCGUAGGACUCUAAGCGUAAGUGCUGUUGUUUCAGUUGGGCCGGCUGUGAGCCAAAUCGAGAGAGAGAGAGAGACAUGGGGGGAGUGGAGACGGAGAACUUGACACCAAGCCCCUACACUCUGCAAUUAUCUCCUAUCAGCAGCGAAGACAUACUCUUCUGCAUCGAUGCCGACGUUGAAUCCCUUGUGGAGAUGAAAAUCUCCGGCCCCAAGGGCCGACCCACCACCAGAUUGGACUCUAUUAAGCAGGCCAUCCUCCUCUUCGUCAACGCCAAGCUCGCCAUCAACCCUGAUCACCGCUUCGCCUUCGCUUCUUUCGCCAAAUCCGCAUCAUGGCUUCGAAGAGAGUUCAGCAGUGAAGUUGAUUCUGCAGUUGUUGCGCUUCGUGGACUUUCAGUUUCAGUUGAUUCAUCUUGUGGCCAGGCAGAUCUCACUCAGAUAUUCCGGGUAGCAGCUUAUGAAGCAAAGAAAUCUCGUGCACAAAAUCGGAUUUUCAGGGUGAUCCUCAUCUACUGUAGAUCAUCUUUGCCACCACAACAUCAGUGGCCUAAAAACCAUAAACUUUUCACCUUGGAUGUGGUUUACCUCCAUGACAAGCCUGGACCUGAUAACUGUCCUCAAAAGGUGUAUGAUGCACUUGUGGAUGCACUUGAGCACGUUAGCGAGUACGAGGGCUACAUCUUUGAGACUGGGCAGGGACUAGUGCGUCCCCUUUUUCGUCACAUGUGUAUCUUGUUGGCACACCCUCAACAACGUUGUAUGCAGGAUGAUAUUGACAUACCCAAGUCGCUUACAAAGAAGUCACCUGCAGCUGAGCCUGUGCCUGGUGAAGAUAAUAUUCCUGUAUCCAGUUAAUGAAAACAUAUGCAUGGAGUGAGCUCGUGUUGCUGUGGUAGUUGCAUAUACGGUUUGAUCUCCUACCGAGCAAGGUAGUUCAAUGAGUUGCAACUCCCCUGUGUUUUUUUUUUUUUUGGGUAUCAUUGUAAUUAUAAUUGUGUUUGUUUAUAUUGGAAUUUCAGUUUAUCUGUUAAGUUAAAUUAGAAAUUCAAUGCUGAACAUGCUCUUUUAUUUUAGUUCUUGCUUGGCAAAUAGGAAUGCAGAUGCUUGAAAUGUUCUGUAGUAUUCUCCCUAGCACUAUUGAAAUGGGAUGAAAUUUUUUU